GUUGUCGUCAUCCUCGUUUAGCAUCCCCUGUUCUCUCAAGCACGCCCUGAACUUACAACAUCCUAGCAUCGACCCAUCGAUAUCCUAUCUCUCCAUAGUAUCAAUACUACCAAUACGCAACACAGCAGCCAACACCCCAAUGGCCUCCUCCUCAACAGCCCUCCAAGCCGUCUACGUCCGCGCGCACGAAUCCCGCCCCACCCCCAAACCCCACACCGUCUUCCGCAUCGAAAUCCAAGCACACGUCCGCUCCUGGUCCAUCUGGCGUCGCUACUCCGAAUUCGUCGACCUCCACACCGAACUCAUCAAAUCCGUCGGAUCUCCUCCUCCCGCCACCCUGCCCCCGAAACACCCGCUGUCGACCGUCGGGUCCGUUCUCACGCUCGGACUGUCGAAGAAGGUGGGAGGGGCAGGGGAGGGAGAGGAGAAGAUGUUGGAGGAGAGGAGGGAAGGCUUGGAGAGGUAUUUGAGGGCGAUUGUGGGGUGUAAGGAUGGGAAGUGGAGAGAGAGCUUUGCGUUUCGGGAUUUUUUGGGCGUUCCGCUUGGGAAACAGGAUACUACUGCUGGAGCGUCGUCAUCUUACGGUUCAUCAUCAUCACAAUUCACGUCCUCCUCCUGGCUCGACGAGCACCUCGACCUGCAAGCCCGAGUGCGCGACAUCCGAGCAGAUAUUAAUCGACGCGACGCGCUUUCCGACCGGGGUGACGUCGGCGCGUCACAUACCGCUAACGUUCAGGCGAAGAAGAAGUUAGCGGGCGUGAUCACGCGUGCGGGGGUCUUGGCUGACGGGUUGAGCGGACUCGCGAUGGCGGGGAUGAGCGAGGGCGAGGUGCAGAGGCGGACGGAUAUGGUGGCGAGGCUGCAGGACGAUUGUGAGAAGUUGGGGAAGAUGGUGACUAUUGCGAGACAUACAUCGAGAGCGCUCGGGUCGGCGGCGGAACGUCAUCCCGCGAGCGAGUCGGAUAGGGACGCGUUGCUUGGUGGUGGUGGAGCGGGAAAGGCGGUGACGAGGGUGUUCGGGGCGAAGGUCGAGCCGAAGGAGACGGCGCAGACGAGGCCUUUGGACGAUGUGGGCGUGUUUCAGCUGCAGCAGACGCAGAUGGAGCAGCAGGACGACCAGCUCUCGCAGCUCACCACGAUAUUGCAGAGGCAGAAGAUGCUGGGCACGGCGAUCGCGCAGGAGAUUGCGGAGCAGAACGAGAUGUUGGAUGAUUUGUCGGACAACGUGAAUAGAGUCGGGGGGAAGUUGACGGCGGCGAAGAAGCAGAUGAAUCGGUUGGGAUAG